UAUGAGUUGCCAAUCGUAUUUCUGUUUAACACAAUGCCGUUGAUAAUCCUGAUCAGAAAAAUACAACUCGUAACGUUGCGCGUUUAUUUUCAUAUAAGUUUACACGUAGGAUUAAGGUGCGCUCUCUGACUAGAGACAUUUAAUAUCAUCCAAAAUGGCCGCAUCCAUAUAUGCCACCCCACCGCCAGAUCUGAGCAGCGAAGACACUGCGCUCUCCGAUGUCUCCAACUCAUCCACACUCAACACAAAUCGCGGCGGCGGCAGCAGUAACAACAGCAGCAGCAACACAAACAACCAUAGCAACAACAACAACAACAGUAACAGUCACACAUUGCAGCCAAAUGAAGCCACAGCAGACGCAACAACAUCAACAAUGUCACCCACUCAACAACUACUUCUGGACACGGAGCCAAAGUCGAAGCCGGGAAGCAGCACAAAUGAAGCAGACAUCAUCGAGGACGAGGCUGACGGUGACGGGGAAGCGGAUUCAACGGCAAUGGCCGCGAUGGCAGCAGCGGCAGCAAAUGCAGCAGCCAUGCAGCUGCAACUGUUGGAGGCACUGAACGAUGCGGCAAAAAAGCGACGCAAACAACACAAUCCCAGUCGUCUGGAGGCGCUCAAUUUGAGCGGUGGCGAGACGGAAGAGGGGGCAGCGGAGACGGCGCCAAAUGCUGUUGUCGACUACGAGGAGAAACUGUCGAAAAUGCUUCUGCCCAAAUCCAUUGAGAAGCUGAAGGAGACAUUCGAGCUGUUGCAGCAGCAAAAGCUGCAGCCAGAAGACAUAUCAGAUGCGGAGGAAAAACAACAGCAACAACAACAGGAUCAAUCGUUGGUGAACCCCUAUCAGACCUAUUGCAAGCAGUGCGGCGAGAACUUUGAGACGGAGUUCAAGCUCAGUUUGCACAUGUUGCAGGAUCAUCAACAGCAGCAUCAACAGGAACAGCAGCAACAGUUGGCCACGGACGAGCCCAUGGAUUUGUUAUCUUCGAUUAAAGUAAAGCUGGAACGUGCUGAUAGUCCCACCCAGCUGGAGCUACAGCAGCAGCAACAGCAGCUAGAGCUGACGAAUGGCCACAGCAACAACAACAAGGAGCACGAACUCUGGCUGCAGGCAAUGGCACAACAGCAUCAUCAGCAACAGCAGCAACAUCAACAGCAGCCAGGACUUCCGGGCAUGCCGCCUGCUUUUGCGUUUCCCCCAGAGGCAGCUGCUCUGGGCUGGCCACUACUGGGUAUGCCUGGCUUUCCUGGCGUCGAGGGUCUCAAUCGUCCGCCGUUGCGCAUCUUUAAUCCUGAAGCCUACUGCGAGCUGUGCAACAAGGAGUUCUGCAACAAAUACUUUCUCAAGACGCACAAGGCCAACAAGCAUGGUAUCUUUGAUCCUGCCGGUGAUUUGGCCAGCACGCCAAACAACAAUAUCAGCAACAUGAACAAUAACAACAACAACAACAGCAACAGCAACAACAACCACAAUGGCAGCAACAACAGCAACAACAACGUCAGUAGUAGCAGCAGCAGCUCCACUUCCAUGUUUCAACAGCUGCAAAUGCCGCGCGAGGUGCCACCACCACCACCACAAAAACCAGAGCCACAGCUAACACCACCAGCACCACCAGCAGUACACUGCGACAUCUGUUCCAAGCGCUUUACCAACAUCUUUGCCAUGCGUCGCCAUCGCGCCAAGCAGCACGAGCAGGCCACGCCCACUGCCUCACCAACGCCCCAACCGCGUCGCGGCAGCCCCAAUGAGCGGCAAUCUCCAGUCCAAGCGCAGCCUGUAAAGUUAGAACCGCUGGCGGAUACGCAGUCCGUGUCUGAAAUAAAGCCGUAUCAGUUGCCGGAUGGUUUCCGCGAGGAUUUCACACUCGAGCAGGAAGAGCUUUCGUUUGCGCCACCUCCGCGCAAGCUGCCAGCACAGCUGCAGCAGCAGGCACGUGAAUCAAACUGUGCUCCGGACAAGCUACGACGAUUGGGUGUACUGCUGCCGGAGGCUUUCUGCGAGCUGUGCUGCAAGGAGUACGCGAACAGAUACUUCCUGCGCACGCACAAAUGGAAGCGGCACGGCGUGUUUGUGCCACCCGAGGAUCUGCAGCUGGGCGGCAAAGAGGAGCAGCCACAAAUGCCUGCCGGCUGGCCUUUUAUGCCGCUCAAUCUAAUGCUGGCCAAGGCGGCGGCGGAGCAUGAACAGCAGCCAGAGCAGGAGAAUCAAAAUGAAGACGAGCUGUUGCUCGAGGAGCAGCCAAGCAAGCGCAUCAAGCUGGAACCCUACGAUGAGUCGAUGCCAGCAGAAAAGGUCGACAACUCAGUGAUGGGAUUGCAGAAUCUCCAAAAGUUGCAAUCGAUGCUGCAGCAGCUCAACGAUUUCAACGGCAAGAGACCGCUCCCCUGUCAUCUGUGCGGACGCGAGCUGGAGCAUCAAUAUGCACUACGUGCGCAUCUCAUGACGGAACACGCUAGUCAGCUGUUGCCCGAAGGACACCCCAUGCUCUACCAGCAACAGCAACAACAGUUGCCGCUUAAGCUCUCGCCGGCGGGUGGCGGUUCACCGACAGCAGCUGCGGCUGCCACGCCCACGCCCAAUGAGCUGCGCUGCCAGCCGUGCGAGCGUGAGUUUGCCAACAGUCAGGAAUUCAAGCAACAUAUCGCCGAGGUGCAUCUGGGCCGCAUCCCAACCAGCAGCAGCAGUCCGUUGCGCGAGGGCUUUUACACGCCGGAACGGGCAACAGUUCCUCCGAUUGCCGGUGCUCCUCCAGGACCACCACGGGGCGCUUAUACGAUCACUCCGACGUCCAGCUACUGUGAGAUCUGCAACAAGGAGCUGUGCAACAAGUAUUUCAUGAAGACGCACAUGCAGCGCAUGCACGGCAUUGAGAUCGAGAAUGGCGCCCAAAUUGGCGGCGUUGUGUGCAACAUAUGCAACAAGGAGCUGUGCAGCAAGUACUUCCUACGCGUGCACAAACACAAUACGCAUGGGAUUAUCGAGGAUGGAGCGCCACUACCCCAGCCACGUGGCCAAAACAGCGCACAGAACGGUAUUAAAGCAGAUGCCCAACAGCAGCAACAACAACAGCAGCAGCAACAGUUGCUGGAGCCGGAGGUGAAUUUAACAACACUCCCCAGCGACUCUAGUGCUACUAAUGAGCUCUGCCCACUGUGCGCACGUCAGUUCCGCAGCGCCAAGUGGUUGAGAACUCAUCUGAUGAACGAACAUGGAGCCGCAGGUGUGGAGAAGCUGCGUGAGCUGGAAUUACAACAACAGCAGCCACCCAGCUCUACCGGCAGCAAGCCCAACAGUCCCACGCUCAAGAUACCCAACGGUAAUCCGACUGGCGCCAAUAAUCUCGCACAGGCGCUGCAGAAUGCACAACAGCAGCUCUUUGGACAGAUGCAGUUGCCCAAAGGGAUGCCGCUUCCCUUGCCGCUUCCUGGCAUGUUUGAGCAGACGCCGCGCUUCAAGGAGUACCAGUGCUCCUUGUGUCCGUUCACCACGCCCUAUUAUGCAUUCCUCUUUAUACACGAACGCUCGCACGCAUUGCUUAACACUGAGGAGACCCAUGUGGGCGCCGAGGCGGAACUGCCACGCAACGACAGGGACAGAUCCUUUGCCUUGGUACAGGGCAAGGCUAGAACCAAGCCUAGCAAAGAGCGUGCCGAUGUGGAGAUCGAACCCACGAACCUAACCACCAACAACAGCAACUCAAAGACAGCCACGCCCACGACUACGCCCACAACGUUACCCUCACCAGGUGCAGUUGCAAUUGUUGCUGGCUCACCCAAAGUCCGAUCCGCGACAGUAACUCCCAUACCACGACGACGCAGCACCACCAACACCAACACAACCACCAUCACCACCUCACCCAAGCCCGGAACGCCCAACGGCCUUGGCGCUCAACGUUCGGCGGCCACUUCACCCUUUGAGAUGUGUAGCGAUCUGGCCAAUGGCAGUGGUAAACCCGCCAGCUAUGCACAGCCAGACAAGGCCGAGGAGGCAUAUCAGAUGCAGGCCUUCCAUUUGGCACCCGCUGACGCCGAUGCCGAGGGCUUGUUUGCGCCAGCACUCGUCUAUUUGCCGGUGCGAGUGCGGGCCUCCGAAUCGACAACACUAAGCUUUAGGCUGACACCAGCCUAAGCGAGUCCAGAGAUUGGGCUAUGAACCCGAUAAACAAUUCAACACACGACACUCAAGUGUUGCCAGCGUAUGUAAGUUAAAUUCCAUCAGUUUUGUUUUAGAACCAUUUACCAUAUUUAUAGCUCAAUUACACAAGCCUAAGUUCUGUGGCUUAAUCAAAAGAUUAAUCGAAGAAAAUA